GUGAAACAAAAGACAGUCGGCCAUGAUUGCUGAACGAUGUUUACGGAGUGGAUAUUAUUUAUCAGGAGUGUAUUUCUGUCUCUCCUUGUGAACCUGAGGUCUUUAGUAUUUCCUCUGAGUUAUUCAGAAGACCCUUCUUCUGGCCGAAAUGACGUGAAAGGAGCCUGAUAGUGGACAGGUUCAUGUUUGCGGCGCAAGCAGCCUCUGUUUCCAUCAGUUACAGAGCCUCUGUGUGGGGCUAAAGGACCAUGUUUCGUUCUGGGGGAGAGAGAGACUUCCAGACAUCUGCUCGAAGGAUGGGAACAUCCCUGCUCUUCCAGCUGUCGGUUCAUGAGCGAGAGUUGGAUCUCGUGUUCCUUGACCACAGCUAUGCCAAACCCUGGAAUGCUCACCCUGAUGCCAGCAGUGCACGGCCCACCCGCAUGCUGUUCAUCACCCCUAGACGGCAGUCUGACCCCUCUGUUGAUUCAGACAAUUCCAUUGACGUGGAGACAGUCACACCAACAGCAAUGCCUCUCUAUGACAAUCACAAAGCACGUAGUGUGAUGAACGAGUGUGAACGUCACGUUCUGUUCGCCCGAACAGUUGCUGACGGACCACCUCCUCCAGAUGAUUGGGAAGAACACAUUAACAAGACUGGCUGGUCACUGGCACAGAACAAGCUCUUUAAUAAAGUACUGAAGGCCCUUCAGGCAGAGAGACUGGGUAGAAUAGCCAAUGAUGGUGACUGUAAUGAGCCUGUAUUGCGCAGGACAGCUGUGGAUAAAUGUGCACGUAAGGUUCGCCACGUUCUGGCCAGCGUCAGGUGGGACUUAAAGCUUACUCAGUGGCUCCAUAGUACACUGGUGGAGUCUCUGAGUCUUGCCAUGCUGGCUGCUUAUCUUGAUGUGCUUCAGACACUCAAAAGCAAGGUACCGUCACUGAUCGACAGGAUGUUGAUGUCAUCUUCAGUGAAAACAGGAGCAGCAGGGGCCGAGGCUCUCUCCUUGCUUCUCAAACGCCCAUGGGACCCUGCUGUUGGCGUACUCUCACACAACAAACCAAGUAAGCUUCCUGGUUCCCCUCUGAUCCUAAUAGCUCCUUCAGGACCAACCAACCCAGCUUUAUCUACCUCUCGACGAAUGAGAUUCUGGCAAUCUCAGCUCUCUUGUCUUGGGAAGGUUAUUCCUAUCAACGUUCACAUGGGCAGUGGAGCUAACAUCGGCAUCACACAGUGUUUAGAGCACAUGAUCGGCACUAUCAGAGGAAAGAUUAUCGAGGUUCACAGUCACUUUCCUCAUAAACCGAUUGUUUUGGUGGGCUGGAAUGUAGGGGCACUGAUGGCUUGCCAUGUGUCCCUUAUGGAAUACAUGACUGCAGUUGUGUGUUUGGGAUUCCCGCUUCAAACAGUCAACGGUUCACGAGGGGAUGUUGAUGAUCCGCUGUUGGACAUUAAGACUCCAGUGCUGUUUGUGGUCGGCCAGAAUGCACUACAGUGCAGCCCCGAGAACAUGGAGGAGUUCAGGGAAAAGAUACGAGCCGAUAACAGCAUGGUAGUUGUCGGAGGGGCGGACGACAACCUGAGGAUCAACUCCACUAAAAUGAAGACAGAGGGCCUGACCCAGACAAUGGUGGAUCGCUGCAUUCAAGACGAGAUUGUGGAUUUUCUUACCAGAGUUUUGACCCAUGCUGAGAGCCAUGCUCAUGGCUCCGGUGAAACAAGAGAUCUGGAUGCAGAGAAGAAGAAGAAACCACGGCGUGAGCUGCCCUUUGACCUUGAGAGAUCACAACCCUCUUCACCAGCUGUGAGGGUACCCAUCUCACCAUCAGGUUCAGAAGAUAUGUCCAGUGUUUGCAGUAGUCCUACAGCCAGUCCCAAACCAAAGACCGUCGGUCUGUCUCCGGCUCAGAAAUCCAGCCUCAUUACUGCCACACAGCUUCUGAAGACCCACAUGCAGCGCUCAGGAACUGUGCUCACACACAAACAAGCACAAGCUCAGUUUGCUGCUUUUAUGAAACAUAAUAUGCUGGUGAGGAAAAGCAUUCCUCCUGGCAGCCCUUCCUGUCUCUUUGUGCCGGUGCCCAGUGAGCAAGUGGAGGGUUUGGACCGAGAUGACCUGAGGCUCAACCUGAAGAGGAGACAGACUACAAGUCCCACUCCCACCAAAGCCUCCAAAAGAGCCAAGAUUAAAGUCACCAUCGUCUCCCAAGGAGACACAGCGGGGGGCAUGGCUGGCUCUACAGUUCAGGAAGUGGGUUUGUCAGGAAAGCCCCUUGGAGUGACAGUUGGCCAGACCGUAUCAGGGGUCAAAGAACUGUCUGAGCUGCUCAGUGCACAAAGGUCAGGGGGUCUGGGAGAGGUUUCUGGAGCUCUGGGAUCUAGUGAGGGGUCGUUUCAUAGCCUACAGGGCAGCAUGAUGUCCAGUUCUUCCUCUCCUGUCCAUGCGCAGGCCACUACAGCUGCUCAAGGUGUCGGGAGGGAAGCCCCAGGGGCAGAUCUUGAGCUCUCUCAGCCCAGGCAGCGGCACUGUAGUCCGGGCAGUACCAGUCGUGUCUACCGGCUCCGGGGUAACCAAAACCAUGGCCAUCCACCAACUCCUCACCAACGGCGGUCUGGCCAAACUAGCCAGUAGUCUGCCUGGACUGGCUCACGUCUCCAGCCAGAGCGCGGGUACGUCCUCCUCGAAACUGACGACACAGCGUUCCAAACAGCGACGACCGCGAUGAGUAGGGAUUGAGGUCACUGAUGCAGCAAUCAGGUCAAAAGUCAAAUCCAGUUGUAAAGUUAGCACAGUUAUGCUAACAGUUUUUUAUGCGGGUUGGUUACAUUUGGUAAAUGUUUGAUAUGUUUUUAGCUACAGCAAUAAAUAUAGUCACCUGAGCAUGUAAAUAUGUACCAUAAACACCAACGUUUUUGUAGAUUUGUACUGGUUAAUGCAUGUAGAGGGCAUUUGGUGAUAUUGGAUUUGGUCAACCAAUAUUUUUUACUUGCAUAUUAAUGUACUUUUUGACAUGCAUAGUUUUUUGUAGUGGCUGCUAGGGGCCAACAUUUCACUGUAGCUGAGCCAAAAUAUUGAAAUGGCAAUCAGUACUAUAAAAUAAGACAUUUUGAUAGUUUCAGCUUUUAAAUUCCUACAUCAUCUGCUUCCAUUUGUCUGGUGUGCUAAAGAUAACCACCUCAUUAACUACGUUUCCAUCCAAGGGUUUUUUUGCGACAAAAAGUGUAGCACAUCAAAAAGUUUACCAAUAUAGAUGAAGGAAACGCAAAUUAUCACAAAGAUUUCACUAGUGUCAACAUUAUUUUUAUGUUGAACUCUAGCGCAUUAACUAUUUAGAUACUUCAAAUGUCACGAAAAACUGGUUUGAAACACUUUUUGUUGAGAAAAUUGGCAUUAAUUAGUGUCACAUGAAAGAAUUUACCCUAAUCGUUAGCCUGCAUUAAUCAUGACGACAAGGUAUACAUCCUUGAAAGCUAAUUUAUUUUACUUGAAGCAUUACGCGCACUGUUAUGGAUUGGUCUUAAUGGCAUACCUGCACAGAUCUGUGUCAUGACACUUCCAGUGUGCCAACACAAAUAUCUCGUAUCAUGCACCGGUCAUCGACAAGUGCAAGGAGAACAAAUGAAUUGCCACUCUUUGAGAUUAAUCAAGGUAGACAUCCAUUUAUUUAUUAAAAUUGCUUUUCCACACCAUUCAAAAUAAUAGACGGCAUUCAUGGAAUUAGCCCACAAUGCAGUAAACAUGUCAUUUCUGUGCACAAAGAUAUUUUAAAUUAAAAAUAAAUACACAAUACUAGGAGAAAAACUUCAGUGUGCUGUUUUUAAACACUAACACAUAGACCAAUUCUAUAAAAUUAUUGUUUAGCUUUUCAAAAAAAUGCUUUUGAAAAAAAUUCCCUGUAUUAAAAUAAAUAAACUACCAAACGAAAGAAAUAUUUUGUUAGGAAUAUAUAAUUGCCUUUUCCUUACACAAACUUAAAUUUGCUUUACCCUGUUCUGAAGAUGAAAAGUCGUCUGAAUGACAUUCUCAGAAUGUUCUGCAACUAUUUGUCCAAUGAGUUCACUUUCAAAAAAUAAACUUUUGAACAUUUUAAAACGUUUAAAUAUUUGAAAUCAAACCCUCUUUUUUUAUCGUAUUUGCUGAGCUUCUUCAGAAAAUGUAAAUUGCAUUAUGAUGCUAAAAUUAAUUUCGAUGACAAUCAAGUUUAGUUGGUCGUUAAAAGUUGCUGGACAAAUAUUUGGGUUUGCAGUUGUGAUGAGACGCUUUAGAUGAUUGUUCAAUAUAUUGAAUAUCAGGAAUGUAUCAUAUGUAAACCUGAUAUUACAUCGCAUCAGUGUUUCUUUAAUAGCUGUGCACACCACAUAUACACAUCGAUUGAUGGUCCUUAUACUAAGACUGAAAGUUUCUUCCACUACUUAAUGCAGGUUGUCAGCUUGAACAGGGCCAUGACAAUUUGCUUUCGGGUCAGAACCGGUGGCAACCUGCGAUAGACAGAACAUCAGGACCAAUAUUACAGUCUUAUCAGAAGAGCAACUGCUCCCUUUUGAUCGCAAUUCCUCGUCUUCUGAUUGAAUUUCUGAAAUUAUGAAAUUAAAAAGACUGUUAAACUGGCUAAUUUCAAUGAAUUGUCUUAAUACUCUCCCCAUUUUACCAAAACGUCAGAGGAAAAAACUUUAGGGACAUCUGGGAGGUGAAAGGUACACAAUUAGCGAUAUACACACAUUUCUGUAUGGAAACGGUUUAAGGGCAGAUUUAUUUUACGAUGAACCAAAACUUAUGCGACAAAGUGUUUUUUAGGCAUGACGUCAUCACGCACACCAUUUCUGUCGAUAAAAGGCCAUUUGAAUGGAAACGGACAGAAAACUGCAAAUUUCACAAACUUUCUUUUAAUCAUUUUCACUUUGUCGAUAACAAAACAGAGCGAAAAGUGGAUGGGAAAUAGAUAAUUAUGUUUUAUGUUCCAUUAUUUGUUUUGUUAAUUUUUAUUUUCUGUUUACCUGUUUUUAUUUGCUGGAAGAGAUGUAUGUCAUUUGUAAGGACAUUCAUUAAACAGCCAACAUCAAACUGUCCAAUUUUGUACCUCUUUUUUUGUCAUUGUUCUUUGAUGUUGUUUUUAUUGUUGAAUCAUUUUUAUCUCCAUCUUCUCCCAACAAGCAUGAACACUAG